AUGGCCCUUUCCACGCACCGCUCAGUGCGGGUGUCACCAAGCGCCGCUGAGGAGUGGAUGAUGUCGCUCACCGCCCAAGGUGCCAUUGGCACAGUGAACCCCGAGAACCCGUCUUCUGUCGUUUCAGCCAUCCGAUUCCUUUUGCAAAUGUCUAUUGAGCUCGAUAAACACGGGAAUUAUGUCGAGAGCGUCAAGUGCGCAGAGUCCGCGUUGCUGCUACGUCAUGUCAACGAGGCGACCGUGACGCCGCUGCUUGCGCCUCUUAUUGCAGAGGAACUCAUUCCGCGCGGCCGCAGUAGAACCGUGGACCAGGCGGAGGAUCUCGUGUUGUGCUGCAACAACCACGCCGUGGCUGCAUUCAACGAAAAACAGUUUUUGGCAGCCGAGUUCUUUCUCGGAAAGGCGCUUUUCCUGACGGAUUUGCGUGGCAAGGAUGAGGCAAAUUAUUUUAUUGGCGCCGAGUCCCGAAGGUUGCGGCUUCGCGCAGCGACGCUGAAUAAUCUCGGCUGUAUGGAGAAGCGGCGGCAGCGGCUAGAGGAGUCACUUGGGUACUUGCGACAGGCUGUGGAACUUGAAGUGUCACUGGACACCACUUCGCGUGGGUCACCGUCGACAUAUUUGAACCUUUGCACGGUGCUGAAUGAAUUAAGCCAACACCACGAAGCAGUGAACGCGGCAGAGAACGCCAUUGCAGCACUUGAAGAGCAAAUGUCGCGGCAGAACAAGGAACAAUUGCCAGUGUCCGCCAUGAUGCUGGUGGUCGGCUUGUACAACUUGGGCGUCUCGCUUGAGCACCGCGGUCGUGAUGACGACGACUUCAAGGCCCGUGCCGCAUACAAUCGUGUCCUUGAGGUGAGCCGGAGGCAUUUUGUGGACCCCAAUUGUCCCACCGUUGAACUGGCAAUGGAGGCCGUGCGUCGCAUGCAUGCGGAAACAGCAUUUCAUGUGGAUCGAGUGGAAGCAAAAUCGCAACGAAGAAAAAAGCUGCCCUCCGAUCCGACACGACCGUUAAAACCGUUGUCACAAGAAAAGGAAGAGCAGAAUUUGGUGCAGACACUUCCAAAAGAUUUGCAUGAAGCGCCGGAGAAGUCAUGGCCACAGUUGCAACAGCAGCCACCGAAGGUUCCAAUCUCACCGUUGGUUCCCGUCACCGAGGCUGUAGCUUAUGCUGCUUCACAGAGCCAAAGCAUUCAUUCACGCAUAUCAUGCCCGGCGUCGGAACGCUCCGUGGUUUCCGUGCCGUUUGCUUCUCCCGUGACUUCUUGGAGUGGAGGUGCUCCUUCUUCACUCCCGAGCGUGGGGACACCCGCAUCUCUCCGCAGCGCCUCCGUACCGAUGCAGGCACACACAGUGCCUGGUCCUGCGGCUCCGCGUGCGGUGGCCUCAUCCCGUGUAUCCAUCGCAUUUCAUGCGGAUAUUCCCACCGCUACAGGACAACGAAGCUCACUGUUUCAGUCACAGAGACUCCCUAGCGGCGAUGGAAAGCAACCCCUUCCACGGCCAGCGGUGCUUGCACCAAUAGUUCGGGAGGCUGAUUCGACGCCGACUACAACCAACACCGCAUCUAAGGGAGAGCAACGUCUAAGCCUUAGUUCUGUACUGCAGCCGAGGCCUUCUCAAAAAACAGCUGGUUCAUUUGAUUCCGUCACGGCAAGUGGAGUUUUGAAUCCAUUUGCUCGCCGCGUCUUUGGGAAUGUUGCGUCGCAGGAUCAACAAAGGAGAAGCUCGGUGUUUACGUCACUGCGAAGUGUGACAGGGUCAGAGGCUCAAGCGAUGGAGAAACACGUGCGAAGGUCUAUGUUACAGCAGUCAAAGGCGGAAGAGGCAAAACGGAGAGCGGAUGUCCCUGGAAGGAGAGGCAGCGCAGCCGCCAAGGCAAAGGAACGGGAACAAAAACGUCUUGCCAGAGAAGAAGCUCGAAAUGAUGCGGAAAUGGCAGAAGUCUUGUACGAAAAGUUUGUGAAUGGGAUGCGUGCAGAUAAACUGAACCGGUGCCAUUCUGCUGCCAUACAAAUUCAGCGCAUAUGGCGUGGAUGCCUAGCCCGUACGCUUUUGUAUCUGAUGGUGGUUGCGGCUCGAAAGAUACAACGUGUAUUCCGCGUGUAUCUCGUCAAGCUCAUCGCCACACGUCGCGCAGAAGAAGAACGACUUGCUAAAAUUCAAGCCGAACGAGAGAAGCAGGAAAUGGGGGCUGCCAUUGUGUUGCAGGUACGCGUACGGCAAUUCCUUCGACGGUUAGAAAUUCGGCGGGCCUACUUCGCGCGUAAGAUGCGGCGGUACUACUCCGCACGGCGGAUUCAACGGGGGUACCGAGCCUAUUUGAGAUGGAAGGAAGAAACCAUCGCAGCCCUUAUGGAAGCUCAACGCUUAGAGGAGAGAAGAAAGAUGCAAUUAGCUAUGAAUGCUGCCCGGCGCAUACAAUGGGCAUUUAAACGCUAUUUGAGACGAAAAGAGGAAAUUAAGGCAUCUGAGUUGCUGCUACGAAGUGAACGGGCGGCAGCAAAAAUACAAGCCCUGGUACGUGGGGUUUUGGCUCGGGCUUGGUUCAGUUACUACAAGUUGUACCGCCGCCAGCAGGAGCUGAGGUCGGCGGCGAACCAAAAACGGAUCAUCCUCAUUCAAGCCUGUGCUCGCGUCCUUCUUGCUGUUCAACUCCGCCGUCUCAAGGAGGUGGAUCUUUUGCAUCGUCUACAUCAGGCUGCGUUAAGACGAGCAGCGACGAAGAUUCAAUGCCAAUGGCGUCGCCGUGUCGCUCGUAUUAAGUUUGAGCGUUUGCUUGCUGAGCAUGAAAUGCGAAUGCGACGUGCAACUAAGAUUCAGCGGUGGUACGCGACGUGCGUUUUGCGUCGUCGAUUCCUUGAAAUACAUGAACGCAAUCGCCGUCAAGAUGCGGCUGCAAAGAUUAAGCAGUGGUACCAUGAUCGCAAGUUGCAUAUAAAGGAAAAGGAGGUAGCCCGAUAUCACGCCUACUUGGCCCGCCGACAGCGUCUGGCGCUUCUCCAGGCACAGUCUAUAGUUUUGCUGCAGGCUUGGGGACGUUGUUUCAUUAGUACCGUGCUUGUUCGGAGUGUGAGAAGCUCCUUUUUGCGUUUCACAUUGUAUACGGAAGUGUUUCAACGUAUUGGACGUGGUUAUGCAGGUCGUCGACUCGCGUGCCGCAUACGUUGCCGCCUCCUUUAUGAAUCCAGGAUGCGCGUGGAGGACCACCGAAGGACGGUAGCCGCCUGCGUCGUACAACGCGCAUGGCGCUGUGCCAUGGCAAAAGACACUGUGGAACAGUUGCGGCGACGCCAUGCAGCCAGUGCGUCUAUUGCUAAGCAUUACAGAGGAUACGUGUGUCGCAAGGAACUUGUUCGACUUCGUGAGGCCAAACGGUUGGAGAAGGAAACACGUGCGGUUCUUGUUAUGCAACGAGCCGCGCGUCAGUUUCUCCAGCGGCUGGAGCUCGUUCGACUUGACAGGUACCACCGAAUAAGAAGGCAAAAGAAACUUGCCCAUAUGCGACGUGAGGAGGCUGCCGUAACUUUGCAGGCGGCUUGGCGUGGACGUGCGACACGAAUGGCACUUGAGCGCGAAAGAAAGUCGUUAGAGGCGCUUGUGGUGCAUGUUGUGAAGAUCCAACAAGCCUGGCGAACACGUAAGUUCCGCCGGAAUAUUAAUGCGGAAGUGAAGCGGCGCUCCUAUGAACGUAUGUCUCGCUCUCGGGCUGCUCUCACGGUACAGUGUUUUUGGAGAAAAAUGAUGGCCGCAGAGGAAGCUGCCCGAUUGCGCGAGUUGAGCCGACUUCGUCAGGCGAAGGCGGUUGUAAUACAGUCCUGGUGGCGCCGUUUUUUGGCGAAGUGGGAACUCGAGACACUUCGAAACCAACGAAGAGAGGAGAUGGCGCUCCAACUUCACUACAUGGAGAGGUGGGAGAAUACAGUGACACUUGUCAACACGGCUCUUCGUGUUUGCUUGGCUCAGCAGCAGCUGUUAGCUCGCAAACGCAAACAACUUCUCACGCUCUUAACGGAUAAGGAAAGGGAACGUUUUUUGAGUCGAAAUGGAGCCGCCAUUAAAAUACAGGCAGUGUACCGCGGCCACUAUGAGCGAGUCUACGCGCGUGGAAUUAGAAGAGAAAAGGAAGAAGAAGAACGCCGAAAACGCCAUCGUGAGGCUCUUGAGAAGCGUAGUGCGGUUAUCAUUCAAUGUGCGUAUCGAUCGUGGAGGGCCAUUCGUGAGGCCAAUGCUCGGCGUGCCGCAAAGCGCGCAAAGGCGCUGGAGGAGGAAAUGGAACAUUUAACCACAGUUGAUCCGCAUGAAGUGGUUAGACAAUUAUUCUGGGUGUAUGAGUUUACCACAAGGCGUGACUUGGCAAAGAUUUCUCUUGAGAACUCCAAUGCGCGUCGCAGAGCCGCCAAAGUGAUUCAGAGGGGGAUUCGGCAAUGGCUUGCCAGAAGGCAGUUGGCGAAAUUGCGCCGCGAGAAAGCAGAAACACAUGCGGCGAAAACAAUCCAAGCCUACUGGAUCCAAUACCGGUCGCGGGAGAUGCAAAAGUCCUCGGAGAGGGAGUGUCGGGCGGCCGUCAUCAUUCAGGCACACUUUCGUGGAAACUUGGUCCGGCGGGAGUGGGAACAAUUGCGAAAGCAGAUGGCGUAUGAACAGCAGCAUAAAGUGCUCGAUGAAGAAAUUUACGAUCGGGCAGCCACCAAACUUCAGUCCUUCUGGCGACGAAUUUGGGCGCAGCAUAUGGCCGAGCAACUACGAGAAGAGAGGAGAACGAUCAAAGUGCAGCAAGUUUUGGACGAGGCCGCCAGCACAAUUCAACGUGCAUACCGGCACCACAGGCAGCGUCGUUCCAUUGCGGGGUCAAAGAAUGUAAUCUAG